AACCUUGUCCUUAGAUAGCUCCCGCUUCUUCUCUUUGAUCGCUUGCGCUUGGGGCCAGACCGAAAAAUUAUCUCGGAGAAAGUAGAGAUUGAGGUAGAUUUUUCUUAAUCAUUCUGUCAAGUAAGGAGAAAGUAAGUUUUUGUAUCGGUAGAGCAGCAUACGAUUUAUAAGAAACUAAUCCGAAGACCUUUUUUAUCGGGAGGAUAGCGCUCGUUCUGCAACUCUACAGGUCCCAGGGUUCUUGAGCUGUGCCCAGGCUGACAGGCUUUUGAAGAUGGCACUGUAACAGACCAGUGAUGCCUGACCAUGAGAGCACAGCCCUCUUAAGCAGACAAACCAAGAGAAGAAGAGUUGACAUUGGAGUGAAAAGGACCUUAGGGACAGCGUCCUUGGAUUUCACCAGAGCGAAAGCCAGCAUAUUUAGUGCCAUGAAUCCCCAUGGGCCCGAACAGGAAGUGGAGUGUUCGGUGGUGCAGCACGCGGAUGGGGAGAAGUCCAACGUGCUACGCAAGCUGCUGAAGAGGGCCAACUCUUACGAGGACACCAUGAUCCCCUUCCCCGGAGCCACCAUCAUCUCCCAGCUGCUGAAAAGCAACGUGGCCAAAAAUGGCGGCAGCGAGGCCGGCUUCCCGGGCAGCGGGCUCUCCAGCGCGGGCUCAGAGAUCCACCAGGAGGACGCCUGCAGCAACUCGUCGCGUGAGAGCCCGCGCGAGUCCCUCUCGCCCUUCGGCAGACCCUCCGUGAGCCAGUUCGACUCGGAGAGACUCAGUGACGAGCACCUGCGGGCCAAGCGGGCCCGGGUGGAGAACAUCAUCCGCGGCAUGAGUCACUCUCCCAGCGUGGCCGCGCGGGGCACCGGAGGGCCGGAGGGGGACCGUGACGGGCCGUCGCAGCAGCUACCGCCCAGCCCGCGCGAGAGCUACUACCGGGAGAACAAGCGAAAGCAGAGGCUGCCCCAGCAGCAGCAGCAGAGCUUCCAGCAGCUGGUGGUCACGGCCCGCAAGGAGCAGAAGCACGAAGAGAGGAGGCAGCUGAAGCUGCAGUUGGAGGACAUGCAGAAACAGCUGCGGCAGCUGCAGGAGAAGUUCUACCAGGUCUACGACAGCACUGACUCAGAGAACGACGAGGACGCCGACCUGUCAGAAGACAGCCUCCGCUCGGACGGGGCCGACCGCCGCCGCAGGCAGGACCCGUCAGCCGCCGACCGCGACCGUGACCGCGACCGUGACCGCGACCGCGACCGCGACCGUGACCGCGACCGCUCCGACAACGAGAUGUCUGACCUGGACCCCGGGCGGUUCCUGGACCGAGCGCGAGCCCUGCUCCACGAGCAGGCGCUCAUGGCAGAGAGGGAGGGGGACAAGCCCAAACGCGAGGGCCCCCGCGGCAAGGGCCAGGGCCCGCCCCCCUCCAUGCAUGCGGAGGGCAAGCAGCUGGCCGAGACCCUGAAGCAGGAGCUGAACACGGCCAUGUCGCAGGUGGUGGACACCGUGGUCAAGGUGUUCGCCAAGCCCCCGCCGCGCCCGGCCCCUCAGGUCUUCCCACCCCUUCAGUUGCCCCAGGACCGCUUUGCCGUCAACGGUGGGGACAACCCAAAUUUCCACACCACCAACCAGCGGCUGCAGUGCUUCGGUGACGUCAUUAUUCCCAGCCCGCUGGACACCUUCAGUGGCAUGCCGAUGCCCAGCACCAACGACCAGACGGAAGCUCUGCCCCUGGUGGUCAGAAAGAACUCCUCAGAUCACCAGUCCACAUCCAUGCCCAACCACGGGAGCCACCACCACCACCACCCCUCCCUGCACCCCUCUCCGCUGUCCGCCACGGUUGGCUUCAGCCCUCCCUCUUUUCGACACCCCUUCCCUAUCCCCCUCAUGGGCUACCCCUUUCAGAGUCCAUUAGGCACCCCCUCGGGCGCCUACUCGGGCAAAGACAGGUCCUCCCCUGAGUCUCUGGACCUGUCCCGGGAGACCACCAGCCUACGGACCAAGAUGUCGUCCAAUCACCUGAACCACCAUCGCUCCUGCUCCCCCCCCUCGCAUCCUGGCAGCACCGCUGAGGGGCUGUCCUUAUCCUUAAUCAAAUCAGAGUGCGGGGACCUUCAGGACAUGUCCGAGAUCUCACCGUAUUCAGGAAGUACAAUUCAGGAAGGACUUUCACCCAAUCAUUUAAAGAAGGCUAAGCUGAUGUUCUUCUACGCAAGAUACCCCAGUUCCAACAUGCUGAAAAUGUUCUUCUCUGAUGUGAAGUUCAACAGGUGCAUCACGUCCCAGCUGAUCAAGUGGUUCAGCAACUUCCGUGAGUUCUACUACAUCCAGAUGGAGAAGUUCGCUCGUCAGGCCAUCAACGACGGCGUGACCGGGGCGGAGGAAAUGUGCGUCAGCCGGGACUGUGAGCUGUACCGCGCCCUCAACAUGCAUUACAACAAGGCCAACGACUUUGAGGUUCCGGAAAGAUUCCUGGAGGUGGCUCAGAUCACAUUACGGGAGUUUUUCAAUGCCAUUGUCGCCGGCAAAGAUGUUGAUCCCUCCUGGAAAAAGGCCAUAUACAAGGUCAUCUGCAAGCUGGACAGCGAGGUUCCUGAGAUUUUCAAAUCUCCCAACUGUCUGCAAGAGCUACUGCACGAGUAAACAUUUCCAUUUCUAUUUUUUUUUUUUUUGUUUUUUUUUUUUGAAUGUAUGAAUAUGAAGUAGCAUUCCCAAUUUGAAGCCCCAGCUGUUCUGGAAUGACCUAGCAGUUCCAUUUUUGUGUUCUCCUUUUCCCUUUCCUCUGAAAAGACUUUGAAACCCAAUGGGUGUUUUUGCCUAUGUGAAUCCCCUCUUCUCCCAGCCUACCCCCCCCCCCCUUCAAAUAAGGGGAUUAUCACUUUUCUGCAGCCCAGCUGGCAAUUUGUACUGUUAACCUGACAUUUUAUUAAUCCAGUCAUCAGGAGGGCCCUGUUUCACCAACAGACACGUGAUGAGUGUGAAGGCUUCUUUCCCAUGAAUAGGGCAUUACAUUUAUAGGUUGUAUAGAUUUAAUUAUUAUUUAUUGUCAUUCUUGUAAUUACUGCUUGCUAUUGAAACAAAAUUAUUUUGGUCUCACAACAGCUCUGCGUACCGUAGAAUAAAUUAUUUCAAAAUGGAGGGGUUAAAAAAUAUUGUCCACAGAAAUAUAUUUGACAUGGACUGCUGUUUGGGGACUGUGGAAACUGUGUCUAAAUGUUGCUUUUUCUUUCUCGGGCGCUCGUCCAAGUCGUGUGUUUUCUGUCCACUCUGAUAGUGCAUACACCAGGGAGAGAGAGGCCAGCUCCUAGGCUUUUUCCUUUAGAGCAACCUUUCCUGUAGCUAAGCAACAUGGCCAUAUCACACUGAGGCUAGCCAGUUUUGCACACAAAAAAAGGAAAAAAAAUGGAUGCUUUCCCACUGAAUGACCCCUCUCACUCAAAAGCACACGGUCUCACUAACACACAGACAGUGUCACACACACACACACACACACACACACAUACGCGCACACACUUCACACGCGUGCAUACGCAAAUAUAAUCCACAAACACCCACUCAAUCAGCGGUUGUUAUAGUGUCCACUUAUUAAAAUGCAAUGAAGUAAAAAAUAUAGUGUCGCAUUAUUUCACAGAAAUUUGUAGGAAAUUUAUAGGUAAAAUCUAGUCGGAAACAUAAAACAAAAAUGGUCACACAGGACUAUUAUUAUGUCCGUUAAUUUUUGGGACUUUAACAGAAAUUCCCUAGUAAUUUUGUGAGCAACUAAAUAAAACCAGGCUGGCUAUAUCUAGCCUUGUUUAGUGUAAUUUACUUUUUGCAGUGUAUCACAGUAUUUUCAUGAAAGUAUUUGUAAAGUACCUGCUAAAUACACUAAUAUAAAUAUGGUGACAGAGAAUACAAUAUAUGGCUAUUUAGACAUUUUAAGCCUUUAUUUUUAUCUGGAUAGCAUCAUUAUAAAAUAUAAUGUAUAAUAAGUAUAUACUGCACUAUACUUUGUUUGCGAAAGGAAUCGGUUGCUUUUUGUCCUUUGUCUGUUGGUCGUAGACUGUAUCUGGCUUUCUUUUCCUCAGCUUGAAUUUCACAGUCAUUGUAAAUAACCUUUUUUAUGUGGGAUGGACGUUUAUUUGAUUGGCUUUAUAAAUGGACCCUCAUUAUUAAUUUUGUACAACAUCUACCCAGUUCACCGCUGACUUUACGAUUUAAAUGAAGAUACAUUAGCACUCAAUCAAUCCAGCUGGUUAAACCGGUGUGAAUUAAGAGCUGAAGCAAAGCUCUCGGAUCUAAAACUCAGCACUUCUUUUUUUGUGAGACGCUUGUUCCAUUUAUACUACAAGAACAAUGCAGAGAUGUCUUCAAUCUGCAGUUUUAUUUUUCUUCAUUGAAACUCCGGUUGACUUUAGAGGUCAAGAGGUGGCCAUGUGAUCCCUGUAAGCGGGACAGCUUUGCGUUUGGAAAUACAGCUGAUGAACUGAAAUGCAGGACUGCAAUUAUUGUCAGCACAAAGCCUUAAAAACCUGCUGACUUCUAAAUUAGCCAGCACAAAGCCCUGCAAGGUCCUGUCAUUAUGCCCCAAGCACUGGCAGGCUCUGCAGCCUCUGGACAAGCGAGACAACAUUGGGAACCAAGUGCCAACAUUUUCCACUAUGCACCGAGGAAAAAAAAAAAAUCUUCUCAAUACUCCCGUAAAAUGUUUGUUCAUUUAACUUUAACACAGUUUAUAUGAGUCCAAGAGGGAAGAAAUGUACUCUUUUCAAGCAAAAUGUACUCCAUCACAGUUGACUUGGCACUGAACAAUUUACUGUUUACUUUCUCUAGGUAGGCAUCACCUGCUUUACAUGGGGUCAGUUUAUAAACUGAUGACAUAGCAACAUAACAAUUCUAAUAGAAAUACUAAAAAAAUGAAAAACAUUAAAUGUAGAAAGAAGCACUUAACUGACUUAAUAAAGGAUUUAUUUUGCAUGUGCAGGACACUAUAAUAUGAUUUUUUUAAAACACUGAAUCAAGCAGGGGUUCCUGCAUGAAGUAAAUUACAUUCCUUCAGUUCAUUCAAAUGUCCUUAUAGCAUUGGCUCAAACCUGUCAUGCUGUAUUAAAUUUAGUUGUAGUCUGUACUGAAGUUAUACCCCAUCCAGAAGUAAGAAAAAUACCCUUCUACAGGAUUAGAGGAAGUGUAGAAUAGGGGAGGUGAAGAUUACGGAUUUAAAUCCCCUUCAUCUUGUGUAUCAGUGGACAUUAGACAUUGUUUCUCUUCAACAAAAUUGCCUUUGUAGGUCUCUGUGUUAUGUGAUAUUAAGUCUGCCACGUCGCUUGGCCUAUAAACUUCACUGAUGAGCACAAUGUACAGCCUAGCAGAUAAUGUCCACAAUGUACAGUCUACAAAAGGUGGGAGGUGGUCAUCUAUCAGUGAAAUAAUGGAUAAUUUUCAUACUGAGAUUCUAUAUUUGUGAAGUGAAAUUAAUUGUUUAUUUAGUCCUUGUUAGGGAACAGAAUGUGCCUGGAAUUAUAGCACCAGCAGAAGGUGGAGUACACCUUCGGAAAAAGAAACUGAAGAGAAAAUGUUUUAGUCCAGAAAUCCCUCCCGCCCCUCCGAUACAAUUAACAUAAUUACUUCCCUCUGAAAUUAUAGUAUUUUCAAGAAUUACCACUACAACUGCAAUAAACACUACAUGAAUGGGUUUUUUUGUGUUUAAACCUGAUGAUUAUAGCUAUGCAUAUAUUGUCUUUUUAUAUACACAAUUGAUUAAAAACUCCAUGAAAAAUCAGAUGUAUGGUGAAAACCUUUUUGAUGAGCUUGAUGUUUUUAGAAACCAUUUGAUAAAUUCAAAUAUUUUCCUUGGUCACCGGAACAGCAUUCAAACAUAAUAUUCCCAUAGUAGCCAUUUUUGUAACUGUGGUGCAAACGUGUUUUCCUAGUCUAAUAACAAGUAGCAUAGAAGCAAUAUUCAAAUACAACACACACGCACACACACACAUACGCACAUACUCGUACACACACACACACACACAUACACACACACACAGUGUGAAGAGUUUGACGUUUUCCUCCACUUUCGAUUACUAUUUUCUAUUUUAGAUUUAGGUCUUGCGGUUUAUGUUAUUGUGAAGAAGUUGGUUUAUUUGCAUUUUAUAUUGUAUUGAAUGGAUUUUAAUGCAGAAAACAAAAAAAUAUUGUUUCACAUUUCUGGUUGAAUAUAAAUGUGAUGCUUGGAUGUUUAUAAGAAGGGAACAUGUUUUCUUUUUUAUUUUGUUUCUGCUGUGUGCUAUCGUUUGUGCCUCAGAGCAUUGCAAUCUCUAGAGUCAAAGCCAGAGUCCAGGGGAGGAGGGAGGGAGAUCUGGUCCAGGUGGAUUAGUUGAAAGAGGGGUUGCUUCUCAAAUGAGUGCAGAACCACUCUGUGGGCGACUUUCGCACUAGUCAGCACAGGAUCCUGAGCAAAAUUGUCCGCGGGACUGAACCACUUAAUAUUACCCCCAUGCCACCCAGGUUGUUUGUUCUCUUGUAGUCCAGCAGCUGUGUCUUUGUCCCACCCUUAAAACUGUACAAGCAGACUGUUUGGUAAGGGACUGUAUUAUGACCUUAGUUGAUCACGACAUCAUACCCCAUUUCAGGCACUUAAUCCCAACCACUCCGCGCAAUGGUGCCUCUCGCUUGGUGUCUCAGGGGAUAGGCUUAUAUGUACAGCUGACUGGAAUGACACUGGAACCACCCCACUGCUCUACCUGCCGUGAAUGACCUCAGAUCAGUCCAUCACUCUGAAUAGGGGCAUUGCGGGGACAGACUACUGUGUAUUGCACUUAUGUUGUGUUUUCAGUUGACGGAAGUCCUUUGCAUCACUUACUAUGAAUGAAAUUAGUUGAAAGCCUGCUGGUGAUUAAGUGUAGUUUCUUUUUUAAAAGAAAGGGCUGAAAUAAAUAGCAUCUUUUUGGAUCGGACCAGAGGUGAGACAGUCUACAACCAGUAGCAUUGUCCAACAACACAGAAGUAAAUUGCAUUUAUUUGAGAAAAAUGAUCAGAUGGAAUACAUCUUCAAAACUUCAGUCUUUUCAGAUGACACAUUUUAUGGUAUGCUUGAAUAGGGUUUAAAGUCCCGUGAAAGUCUGAAAGAUGUUUUUUUUUUAUUUCCAUCAGCCCUGAUGUGUAUGUAAAUAUUUAACAGAAAGUGAUCAAACACUGCCUUUAUAUUAUCUAGCAAUAUGUUGUAAAUAGCAUUGUUAUGCUUUUUGUAUGAAAUAAUUCUUUGAUUCUAGUGCAGUAAUUCCAACUGACAAUGUUAUGGUUUCUUAUACAUAAAUAAGAUAUAUAAAUAGGAUAUUCAGUAUAUCAUAACUUAUUAUAAACAGUUUAUAAUAAGUUAUACAUAUAUAUUUCCCAUACAUGGCUAGUGAUUUGGAUUGUGGAUUUUUGUUGUUGUCGAUCUGUCAUGCGGUUUUUGCAUAAUUUAUUGGUUUAAUUUAUCCUAAUUUAUUUGAUUGUGUAUUUUUUUUUUUUUACCAAGGAUGUACUGUAAUAUUAUUUAGUAGGAUCACACAAUAUUAACAAAGCCCUUAUCAAUUACUAAGAGACGAAAGCGUACAAGUAGCCAAUGGAAAUUAAAACAUUCAAGGUGAGCCCGGCAGCUACUAAAUUGAGGAAAACUAAAUUUUCAACAAAGUUUUUUUUUCUUGCUUGGAAGAUGAAAUUAUUUUAUUUUGUGUGUGUUAAGCAUUUUGUAUACUAUCCAGACCUUUACCUUUGCUUUGUACCACCUACAAAACAGUAGUUCAAUUGCCUCUUGUGCCUUCCAUCUUCUCUGAACUGAAUGUAUGUGCAGUAUAUAUGCAAGCUUGUGCAGAAUAAAUACAAAUUCCAAA